CACAGCUUGACAAAUGUGACAAGAAAAGCAGGACACCCUUGUCUUGUGCUUCUCAAAAAGGCCACCUUGAAGUCGUCGAGUAUAUCGUGAACAAAGGAGCAGGCAUUGAAAUUGGUGAUAAGGAUGGGGUUACAGCUCUUUAUAAAGCAUCAUUCAAUGGUCAUCUUGAUAUUGUCAAAUACCUUGUUAGUAAAGGUGCAGACCCGGGGAAACUGGCUAAUGAAGAGGACCACUAUGACUACCUCCGCAGUACCUUUCGUGGUAAGGCUUUCCCUGCCUUCAUGCCCCCAUACUCCCGAACAUACGAUCCAUAUCGUACCAGUCCACAAGACAUUUCUCGCUUCAUGAGCAACACAAAAGAGACAAUGAAUAUUAGUCUCGACGAGUGCAGCAUCAAGGUUUCACUUUCACCAGACGAUGUGGACAGAGCCAAAUAUAUCACAGCAGAAGCAUUGACAACCGUUCCACAUGACUUAAACCUGGAAAAAGACGAAGUUAUCAUCUCAGUUGGGCUCAAGCUAUCCCCUCCUGGUCUUCAGUUUAAAACUCCGGUGGAAGUCAGGGUCUCGCAUAGCGCUAUUUUCAGCAACCCAGACAAGGCAGAAAUUGUGCUAUACACCCGAAGAACUGAGUCUGAUGAAUUUUCAAGGAUAGUUCCUGCUUCUGACAAAGCUGCUCGGUGUGUAGUCACAAAGAAUCACCUUACUCUGUACUUAGGUCAUUUCUCGGAAUGGUGGAUUAUCUCCUUAAUCAAGAGAUACUUCAUCGGUAAACGACUCAUCUGUACGCCAUACGUUCCCGUGUCAAUAUCCAGAGACGUCAUGAACCCCAUCUUGCUCGUCAUUAAAGACGACUUCUACGGCAUGAAAGAGGAUAUUAUACAAGAGUACAAGGCAGCCUAUCCUGGUGAGCAGUACUGUGUAUAUUGGAGACAAGGACCCCUACUUGUCAGACAUCUGGAAAACGAAGACGAAGUGUCAACACAGGAACUUGAAGUACGUGCUUUCUUUGACAUGACGACCAAUCGGAUGCCGUUCGCUCUUCAGCCACGUGAACAAAUGGUAUCCGGAGUUCUUGUCACGCUCAUCUUGAAGCAAACAAUCACGAAGCGUAUCGCCUUCCAAGUACUGUACAGCGAUGUGCCGCAUGAGAAUCCAAUUGCCAAAUCAACUCCGACAGGAACUGCAUCUUCCAAAGGCAAAGCUGAACCAACUGAUGUUGGACGGGGAACAUCCAAAUCACAUCAGCUCCACGAAGAGCAGACAAGAAGCGAGCAUCAUCUUGAAACGAUAGGUUCAACAUCACCUCAGCCUGCAGACACAAAGGACGGAAGUAGUCAUACUGAUGUCUUUACAAGACCUAGGCCGUUGAUUCCACCAUCGAUAGAGUCACCGCCAUGUGAACAUGCCUACCAAGUAACAGAGACAGGAGCUAUUGGUGAGGAGCUGAAAGCUCCGACAUCAUCGACAGUGCCCGUCCAUCCGGUAGAGCCUGCAGCAAAGAGGACAAUGGGAGCCCCACCAGCAAUUGUGGCAAACAUUGUCCAAGAAUUGGUUCCAGGACUUUCAGCAGAUCGAAAUAUGCACCAGCGUCCUGGAAACGUCUAUAUCAACGUCAACAAUAUCAAAGUCAUCAAUAAUUCCCAAGUGAAUAAUUCUCAAAGAAAUACUGUUGCCCCUGUUCCAAUUGUAUCCAUAGUACCUCCUAUGCUACAGCAUGAGCUGCGUUGCCGGUUGAACAGAGAAAGCCCAGUUUUUGAUGACUGGAGGGGUCUUGCCAAUCAGCUUGAACUUCAAGACUACAUACAAUCACUGGAGCAGUGCAAGAAUCCGACUGAAGAACUACUCGUACUUGCAGAGAGUCAAAAGAAGAUUCAGGACCUUGGGGACUUGUGUAAGGCGUUCGAACGUAUGAAUCGUGGAGAUUGCCAAGAGCUCUGUGAAAAAUAUGCGUUUGAGAGAACAAAGUCAGCUGAUCCUCGGAAGGAUCAAAUGGAAGAUGAUGACACGGAAACCAGUGAUUAG